AUGAACCACGAACCCAGCGGAAACACUGAAGUCCCCAGCUCUGGUGUCGCCUCGCAAGAGAUGUGGCCAUUUCACAUGAUCGGAGCGCCCGAGGACGUGCUCGUUCCGCGAGGAAAAGCUUGCCAAGAAAUCUGCAGCCUCUUAGGGAAAUUUGUACCUGAGAGAGGAGAAAUAUCGUUCGGUGGCGUUGCCUACGUGUUGCCAGCUCUUGCCGGGGUUAGUGUGGCAGAUGUGGGGACUGUGUCACUCCCAGUACGGGAAGAAAUGGCCGCAAAACUCGAGACAACGGGAAAUUACCAAGGAAAUGCAACAUGGGUGUUUCCGUCCUACCUGGUGCAAAUCCAGAACUCAGAGUGGGUUGGCGGAAUCGUGACACUAUGUACCGUCAUUGCAGAGAAAUUCGGAUACAAGGACGUUGCGUUGCAACCGGUUCUAUCCAAGGUGAUGCUGUAUGGGCCCAGAGGGAAGGUGGAGAAGCAGCAGAUGCCGGGGGGAGAGCGUUGUGUAGCUACACUCGAGGUGCACUUGCCUUCUGAGCAUCUUGGUGGGACUCUGAUGGUAUACAAAGAAGACGGUCUCAACACGACCCGGUACGAGUUUGACAGAACCAACAACACUGCAGCGUUUCGACCACAUUAUGUGGCUAUCGCCCCUGGUGCAUUCUACAGUGUGGAAGAAGUGAAGAGCGGCUAUCGACUUGUCGUAGUUUAUUCUCUGUAUUUACCUCCAGAGGCAACAAUCGGCAAAGCCAGCAUGAAGCAGAUGCAAUUGGAAUUUGCCAACGCUAUUGCGAAGCUCUCGGAUGAAAAUGCCGAUGAUCUGAGAAGUGCAGAUGAAAUUGAGAUGCUCGCGUUGAUACUGUCAAAAAGCACUACCAAAACGCAACUUCAAGCUGGUGCAUUGUGUGAUGUGGACCGUGAUCGAGUGGCUUUGAUUAAAGACGCAAACAGACUCUUGCCCCCGGUCGAGAGCAGGGAUUUCCAGUGUUGCGUGAUUGUCAUGUGGCCAGCUUCCACGGACAUUGCCAACAUUUUUGCGCUGAUGGGAUUCACCGCUGCCUUGCCUGCAAUUCUGGACAGUGAAGCCAUAAGCAUUUCCAAUCUUCGCCAGCUCCUUUGUGAUGAUGGUCUGGGCUACUACCAGUUCAUUCGAGACAUCCAUGACUCCAAGCAACUUCCACUGCUGUGUGAGAAGCUCGUUGAUGGGAUAGUUGACUCGGGUGAUGUGAUGCUGGCUGUAGCGUUUCUUAAGAAGUAUUUUACUCAGUUGCAAGAGAAGGAGAAGACCCAAUUUACUCUCUCGUUGGCAAAGCUUGUGCGACGCUUAGGAUGGGCUCGCAUCGGGAACUCAAUGAUACGUGCCAUCGAUGGCGAAUCCAUAGCGUCAUCAGUGAAUCGAGCGUUGGAGAUGUCCGAGACACUCAGCGAUGAUAUCACGGCCCACUCUGCUAUCACGCUAUUUGCGGUUAAGGAGGCUCAAUCUCUGGCUCACAACAAUCCAGAAUCACUGGCGUCUUUAAGCAGCAUCGAGUUGCUUUGGCAGCACUCCCACACCCUAGCAAACCGACAUCCCAACGUUCCUCAAUCCAUCCGAAAUAUGUUUCUUCAAAUGGAUGGAAAAUUUCUCGGCUCUGUCGUAGAUUCCAUCUCGAAAGCUGUCGCCAAGUCGCGUUCUCAAGAACAAUUCACCACAUUUGCCGCAAUUGUGUUGAGACGUCGCCAGUGGCUGAUCAACGAGGUUUUCGAGUGCAACAAGCCGUUUACGUGGCAAAUCCUCAACUCCAACUUUUCCUACGUCUCUGAGAUUGUGGAUUUCCUGCAAGGGACACAGACUUCGUUCGAGAUUGAUCAAUGCGCAACAAGGUCGGAGGCCCACCUUUUAGUUGCCCGGCUACGCGAAUGUAUCAAGGCCCCGAUUACGAUCGAAGUCGUUGGGUACGGACAACACGCGCUUGUAAAACUGGAGAAAGUGGGCGGUGAGUUCGAUACGCGCCGAAAAGAAGUGCCCAAGUACAUGGCUGAAAUUGCACGGCUAGGAAACCUGCUACUUCUCAAUGAAAAUUUAAACAGUAGUAAUGCAACUACCGGCGCGAUCAAGAGCGGAACGAAGCGAGCACGCGUCGACGAACCGGAAAUUGUGGAGAUCGACUAG